AUGCCGGUACGUCGGAUAUAUUCGCGGGCGCGAACAUUACUGCUGGCAGUCUUGCUUGCUUCUGUCCUCACCUGGUCUAUUUCGCGCUGGCGACCCAUCUCAUCUACAAGUUUGGACCCAGCGGAUAGCGAAACAACAUCCAAGACCUUUGAUGAAAGCUCUGCCUACCUCUAUAGCGAGAGUAUAGGUGUUCCGCACGACAAGAACGGCCAUAUCCAUUUCUGGCGACAAUUCCAGCCCCUUUUGGCAAAGUAUCAGCCAAAAUGUCUUCCGCCCUUGCGACUCGGCAAUGCGCCGUCGAUACGGUUCGAAGAGGCAAAUCCAGAGGACCGCCAGGAGUAUCUGGACAUGCUACCAGACGAAGUUAAGGACAUGAAGGACGCACACAGUGGAUUUGUCAGUGAUAUCACGACCGACCUACCGCAACUACAUUAUAUCCCCCACACGAGAGGUCUGGUUUCCACCGCGGGAGGCUCCUAUUUACCUGUGCUGGUGAUCUCCCUUCGAAUGCUCCGGAAAACAGGAUCAAAGCUGCCCGUGGAAGUCUUUCUUGCCAACCAAGAAGAGUAUGAAGAGUACAUAUGCAACGUGGUUCUUCCCUCUCUCAAUGCGCGGUGUGUGGUGCUUUCACAUGUUCUCGAUGCUGUGCCCAAGGUAAUGCAGAUCGAGAAGUACCAGUUCAAGCUCUUUGCCAUGCUGUUUUCGUCGUUCGAAGAGAUUCUUUUUCUAGAUGCCGACGCCUUUCCGCUUGAAAAGCCGGAAAUUCUUUUCAGUAACGAACCUUUUCGGACGAAGAACAUGAUUACAUGGCCCGAUUUCUGGGCCGACACUGUUUCGUCGUAUUACUAUGAAAUCGCAUCGAAUCCAAUGCCUCCGCAUACCAUCCGGCAGUCGAGCGAGUCCGGAGAGGUCCUCAUAUCGAAAAGGACUCAUGCGAGAACCCUCCUUCUCAGUACCUACUACAACAUCUGGGGUCCAGAAUACUACUAUGCUCUGCUGUCGCAGGGAGCGGCUGGAGAGGGGGACAAAGAAACAUUUGUCGCUGCGGCUCUGACGAUGGAAGAACCCUACUAUCAAGUGAGCGAACCCAUCGUUGCCAUCGGCCACCGUACCAAGGACGGACUUGCCGGCUCUGCAAUGGUCCAAUUCGAUCCCGUGGAGGAUUACGCUCUGACACAGAAGGGGACAUUCCGUGUCCAUGGCUCACAAGCACCCGCGCCGCGCGCUUUCUUCAUCCAUGCAAACUUCCCCAAAUUCAACCCUGCUACAGUCUUUGAGAAACAAGCCGUAAACCCGACAUUCAAUGAUGACGGCAGCUAUACGCGCGCCUGGACAAUUCCCAAAAAGGUCAUUGCGAAUUUCAGCAGCGAUGUGGAGAAGCAAUUCUGGAAGGAGAUCCUGUGGACCGCUUGCGAACUCGAAACGAAGUUUAGGUCUUGGAGUGAUCGUCAGGGUAUCUGCAAAAGAGUAAAGGACUACUGGAAUGCGAUGUUUCCGACGCAGUCGAAAACGUGA